CCCAAAAGAUGUGUCAGCCAUGGCUGGAAGUUCAAAGAAGAAGGCAAGCGGAUCUGAUGAAGAACGUGUCUCGGCUACGCACAGUCAGGUUGAUGAGAAGGAAAAUGAUGACGAGGUUCGGUGGCAUGCUGAAACAUCUGCGGAGGCAGUUCCUUGGCGCAUCCAGGAACAAUUGAGUUCUGCUACUGCUGUAAUGGUUAUGCUUUCUACCAUUGAUACGGAGAAGAAGGCCAAAGAAACAGCAAAAGCAAAUUGCAGCAGCCUGGAAGUUGCUGUUUCUCCUAGAGCCGAGGAGAAAUCGAAUUCGAAAGAGAACGAGAAAGAGAACGAGAAGACGAGCUCUGCCAGGACUCUAGCCAACGAGUUAAAAGGAAAGCAUUGGUAAAGGAAUCGCUGCCUGGUCUUCUGGAUUCACUGCCUGGUUCGGGUAAAGGAAAAGAUGGAUGCUUUGCUUAUGGCUUUGUUCGAGGGUGUCGAGAAGGGAUUCGCCAAGGAAGCUGCCAAGAAGAAGAUGUAUCUGGCUGCUGCCAUUGUAGCCCAAGGUGGAGAUUCACAGUUGCUUUCUACUUGGUUCCAUCCAGGGUUUCUUUCAGGAAUCUUGUUCAGGUGUGGAAGUGGCUGUUGUUCUCAUAGCUCUCUAUGACGCUGGUGUUUUGGAGGAGGAGCAGAUUCUGGCAUUCUGCAGUGGUACGGAAAUCUCUCAAUGGAGACGACAGGGAAUCUAAGAUUCUGAAAAGAGUGCUCAGCCGUUUGUUGAAUGGCUGCAGAAUGCUGAAUCGGAGAGCGAAGAGGAAUGAUUUGUAGGGUGUCCUAUCAGUCAGUUGUCCUAAUCAUUUAUGCUGUUGUUUGGAGUCGGCAGUUGUCUUCAAGGAUGAAGUCAGUGUCUUUUGGGUAGUUUUAUGGGAACAUUACACUUGUGUGUCUCUUUUGUUAUUUCCAACUUCUCUCAUAAAUCCUGUUUGGGGUUUGGAUUGGAAUAAUUAUUGUGUUUUUUUCUUCUUCUUCUUAAGCAUUGAUAUAUGUGCAAAGCUAUGGUUAGUGACAAUGGUGUAGCCAGAAUUUAAGCUAAAGUAGUAAAGUAUAAAAACAUUG